AUGGGGAUUUUGCUGGAUCCAAAAAUUCGAGACAAUGCGCUCCUGCCCAUUUUCGUCGUGGUCGUCCUGACUUCCAUGAUCAGAUCAAGCUUGAUGAUUCUCUUCAAGUCUGACCCGAAGGUGGAUGUCAAGGAGGUUAAGACUCAAAGUAUGCUGGGACGGUGCAAGAUGCUGCGUGCUGCAUCUCAUUUCUUGACCGAAAAGGCUUUCAAGUCACGAAAGGCCUACUUUGUGAAGAAAGAUGUGGGAGUGCUCGUGAAGUCUGUCCCAAAGGCAAAAGACCCCAUGGAGGCGUUGUCAGGAGGAUCUGAUCCAAUGGCUGCUAUGGGGAUGAUGAAGGGUCAGAUGGUUUUCAUGGUGUCUCAAGGGCUGCUGGCAUACUGGGUUUCACACCUGUUCUCUGGCUUCCUGGUGGCCAAGACUCCUUUUCCUUUGACAUUCCAGUUCAAGGGCAUGUUGCAGCGAGGGGUCGAGGUGACAUCACUGGAGCCUGGCUAUGUUUCCUCUCUGUGCUGGUACAUGUUUGUCAUGAUGAGCAGUCAUAGCUUGAUUGGACUAGUCCAAUCAUUUUUCACGAAGUCGGACGUUGAAGCAGAGGACCCCAUGAUGGCGAUGAUGGGAACUAUGGGUGGAGCACCAAUGAUGCCGGGUGGAGGGCCAGAUCCAGCGAAGACCUACAAGGCUGAGCAGGAUAACUUGGAAAUGAUCUUGCAUGAAUUCGUGCUGGAGAACGUUGAAACUGAGCUUUGGCGGAAGUGGAAGAAUCAGAUCCCACACUUAGAGCAGAGUUUUCCUGUCCUAUUGCUGGUAUUACUCAGGCUUGAUGAAGCUCAUUUGAAUCAGCUCGAUACAGUACUGCAUAGCCUGGCAACCGAUGGCAUGGGUGUCGUUCCCACGGACACCCAGAACGCAUACGUUACUGCGAUGAGCAGCAAGCGUGGAACGCAGCGUAUUUACAACAUCAAGGGUGUCGCAGACCAGCGGAAGCCCUUGAGCUUGUUGUGUUCGGACCUUUCAAUGGCCUCGCGCUACUGUGACAUGACGGCCAUUCCGCGGCGCUGGUUUCAAGCUCUGAAGACAUGUCUUCCAGGACCCUACACCUUCAUUCUGAGGGCAUCGGCAGAAGUGCCAAGAGUCGUCCUCGAGCACAAAGCCCACUCUAAGAUUUGGAAGAGACGAGAAGUUGGAAUCAGAGUUCCGGAUCACCCAGUUGUCAAGCAUUUGGUUCAAGAUUUGGAUGCGCCCUUGCUUUCUUCGUCAGCUCCAGCAGAUGCUUGGGACAUCUGGGAACAACACAAAUCGAAGCUCGACUUUGUUGUUGCUGCACCAGCAGAAGACUGGCAAGAGAUACAAGAGGGUGCUUCUACAGUGCUGGACUUGACAAUGGAAGAGCCAGUGCUGCGACGUCAGGGUCUUGGAGAUGUUUCUGCCUUUGAGGGUGUCAUCGAGGCAAGUGUUGCUUCGUGA